AUGGAUGAUUAUUUUGAAACUAUUCCCAAAGAGUUUGAGUUAGACGCACCAGCUUGGGUUUGGAACCCUCACCCUUGGUCGUAUAAAAUUCAGUUUGAAUAGGGCAAUAGAUAUGAUGCUAAUCGUAAUUGGUUUACUAAAAGUUCAAGAGUGCCUAGAGAUUAUUAGCUGAAGACCCCAGGUCCAGGAAAUGAAAACAUAUAAAAUUGUAUCUAAACAAACAGGGGUAAAUAAUGGGUUCGGUAUAACUUGGAAAAUAGAUCGAAUAGGAAUACUAAAAUAGUUUAGAUACAGUCCUAUUAUGGAUAAUCUUUCAAAAAGAAAGAAGAACCUAUUGAGGCAUGCAAAUAUCAACUCAAUUAUGCUAAAAUAAACAAGAGAAUAUAUUUCCCUAUGAAAAGGUAAUGA